GACCAUAUACACAGACGACGCAGCGCAGACGUUGCGCGCGGCGCGGACGCCACCCCCGCCACAAUCCCGCCCCCUCCCCCAGUGCCCGUCCGGCCUCUUGUCCGUCGCCGAUGGCCGCGCCCGCGCCGAGGCCAGCGCGCGCAGCCACCCUCGCCCUGCUCGCCCUCGUCGCCGCGUGGCUCGGGGCCUCCGCGGGCGCGGGCAGCGACGACGUGCUGCGCCGGGCGCAGCGCGAUGAGUUCGCGGCGUGGAUGGCCGGCGUCCGGCGGGCCAUCCACGAGCGGCCCGAGCUGGCGUUCGAGGAGCACGAGACGAGCGCGCUGGUCCGGAGGGAGCUCGACGCCAUGGGCGUCGCGUACAGGCACCCGGUCGCCGGGACGGGCGUCGUCGCGGCCGUCGGCACCGGGGGUCCGCCGUUCGUCGCGCUGCGCGCCGACAUGGACGCGCUCCCGCUGCAGGAGGAAGUGGAGUGGGACCACAAGAGCAAGGAGACCCGGAAGAUGCACGCCUGCGGCCACGACGCCCACACCGCGAUGCUGCUCGGCGCCGCCAGGAUCCUCCAUGAGCGCCGCCACGACCUGCAGGGCACAGUAGUCCUCCUUUUCCAGCCGGGAGAGGAGGUCGGCAUUGGCGCCAAGAAGAUGGUGGAGGCGGGCGCCGUGGAGAACGUCGAGGCCAUAUUCGGGUUCCACGUCACCGUAAUGCUCCCUACCGGCGUGGUGGGCUCUAGGGCCGGCCCGUUGCUGGCCGGGUGCGGGUUCUUCGAGGCGGUGAUCACCGGGGCCGGUGGCCACGCCGCCACCCCCCACAACAUCGUCGACCCCGUGGUGGCAGCCUCCAGCGUCGUCCUCAGCUUGCAGAGCCUCGUCUCGCGGGAGGCGGACCCGCUGGACUCGCAGGUGGUAACAGUGACGAGGUUCCAGGGCGGCGGCGCGUUCAACGUGAUCCCGGACUCCGUGGCGAUCGGCGGCACGUUUCGGUGCUUCUCCAGCGAUGGCUUCAUGCGGCUGAAGCGUCGCAUCGAGGAGGUGAUCGUUUCGCAAUCCGCGGUGCACCGAUGCGCCGCGUCCGUGGACUUCGGCGCCGGUGGGAGCCCCCUGCUGCCCCCGACCGUGAACGCCGCCUCGCUGCACGCGCACUUCGAGGCCGUCGCCGCCGAGACGGUGGGCGCGAGCGCCGUCCGGGCCGCCAUGGCGCCGUGCAUGGGUAGCGAGGACUUUGCGUCCUUCUCGGAGGCCGUCCCAGCCUCGCACUUCUACUUUGUUGGGAUACGGAACGAGGGGAUCGGGGCCGUGCACGCCGCACACUCCCCGCACUUCCUCGUCGACGACGACGCGCUUCCGUACGGCGCCGCAAUGCACGCCAACCUCGCCAUCGGGUACCUGCGGAACCGCGCGGCAGCCAACGACGGGCCCGUCGUCGCCCCCCACGACGAGCUUUAGGUUCACUGCAGCUUUUUCACGAGCGACCUACGAUUGUGCGGCGGCUUGCAGUCACACACGUCGGGAUCCCAUCGUUGGACUGAUCUUGCCGUCCAAUGCGCAUAACGAUUGCGUGGCUGAGUGGCUCUGAUCACGAAACAAGUGAAACUGCACGCAUUUAAUUCUAAGGGGCAUAACAAAAUCAAAUAAUUAUAAUUAGAGUCCGUUUGGCACAACUUUAGCUCCUGAUUCUAGACGAGGAUUCGGAGGAGCCGUGCCAAACGGAUGUUUCUGUGAA